GAGGGGAGGGGAACGCGCGCGAGAGAGCGAGAGCCUGAGCAGAGCCUCCCGCUGCUGGAGGAAGGGAGUGACUCAAGGGGCUGGCGCGGGAAGGGACAGGAUGGCUUAGCCUCUGGCCACAGGACCCCACGACAAGGAGACGCUCCAGGCAGACUCCUAGGCUGUGGUAAUGGCUGAGGCUGGAGAGACCCCUCGAGGGCCCUGAGCGCCCCUGCACCCACAAGUUAGCAUCAGUGGGACUUGGAAACUCCCAUCUCAACAACUAUGGCUGGCGAUUCUAGGAAUGCUAUGAACCAGGAUAUGGAGAUUGGAGUCACUCCCAGGGACCCUAAGAAGAUUCCCAAACAGGCCCGGGAUUACAUCCCCAUUGCCACAGACCGCACUCGCCUGCUGGCAGAAGGCAAGAAGCCCCGGCAGCGCUACAUGGAAAAGAGUGGCAAGUGCAACGUCCACCAUGGCAACGUCCAAGAAACCUAUCGGUACCUGAGUGACCUCUUCACCACCCUGGUGGACCUCAAAUGGCGCUUCAACCUGCUUGUCUUCACUAUGGUCUAUACCAUCACUUGGCUGUUCUUUGGUUUCAUUUGGUGGCUGAUUGCUUACAUCCGAGGCGAUCUGGACCAUGUUGGUGACCAAGAGUGGAUUCCUUGUGUUGAAAACCUCAGUGGCUUUGUGUCUGCCUUCCUGUUCUCCAUCGAGACUGAAACCACCAUCGGGUAUGGUUUUCGGGUGAUCACAGAGAAGUGUCCAGAGGGGAUCAUACUCCUCUUGGUCCAGGCCAUCCUUGGCUCCAUUGUCAAUGCAUUCAUGGUGGGGUGCAUGUUUGUCAAGAUCAGUCAGCCAAAGAAGAGAGCAGAGACCCUCAUGUUUUCCAACAAUGCAGUCAUCUCCAUGAGGGACGAGAAGCUCUGCCUCAUGUUCCGGGUGGGUGACCUUCGCAAUUCCCACAUUGUGGAGGCCUCCAUCCGCGCCAAGCUCAUCAAGUCCCGGCAGACCAAAGAAGGGGAGUUCAUCCCCCUGAACCAGACAGACAUCAACGUGGGCUUUGACACUGGAGAUGACCGUCUCUUCCUAGUGUCUCCGCUCAUCAUCUCCCAUGAGAUCAACGAGAAGAGCCCUUUCUGGGAGAUGUCUCGGGCCCAGCUGGAUCAGGAAGAGUUUGAAGUCGUGGUCAUUCUAGAAGGGAUGGUGGAGGCAACAGGUAUGACUUGCCAGGCACGGAGCUCCUACAUGGAUACAGAAGUGCUCUGGGGUCACCGAUUCACACCAGUCCUCACAUUGGAAAAAGGCUUCUAUGAGGUGGAUUAUAACACCUUCCAUGACACCUAUGAGACCAACACGCCCAGCUGCUGUGCCAAGGAGCUGGCAGAAAUGAAGCGGGAAGGCCGGCUCCUCCAGUACCUCCCUAGCCCACCCCUACCGGGGGGCUGUGCUGAAAUAGAGCUGGAUACAGAGGCUGAGCAGGAGGGAGAGGAUGAGCCCGAGGGCCUGGGUGGGUCCCGGGAGAACAAGGGUUCAGUGUGAGGACAGUACCAUCCCCAUGACCUCCCUGCGCUGGCCUCUGUGAGCACAGCACCUGCCACAGGGCUGGGGGAGGAUGGGGGAAUGAGCUGAGUGUGCUGUUUGGGGGGCCCGGGGCCAUCAAGGCUCCACAAGGAGGAAGAGUAUAUCCAGUCCUGGCAACUCCCAGUUCAGACCUUCCCAAGGAAUGAGCCUCUUGCCUGGGCCCCUGUGGCAAGGCUGCCUCUUCCCUCCUGACCUCUGCCAGCCCUGGUGGAAGGCCAGACCAGGAUGGGUUCCCCACAAUGAUAAUUACAGAGUGGCCUCUGUCUUCACACACACUUCUCUCUGCCAACUGGCCGGGACCACCCACCUCUUUGGAUCUCACAGACCGCCCAGCAGUUCUCCUCCAGGUGCCAGCGCUCCUGCCACCCUGAAGCUUGUUGUGGAUUCUGGGCGGAGGGAUUCUACCCCACUGGAAGCUCACACCCAUGGUCCUAGGCUGGGCUCACAGAGCUCAUGGAUUAAGGCCCAUCCACAUCAUGCAGCCAAUUCCGUCCAAUUCCCAGACCGGUGUCUGCUUCCUGAGAGCUACAGAGGACAAGGUCCUUGGUGGUCUGUCCUCAUCUGUGAAACAUGCGUUUCCUCUGCUGAGUUCUGCGUGUGACGUGUAGCCUACUAGAUACUGGUCUCCCGAGAAUAGCUCUCAGAAGUCGGCCUGGGCCACACAGCGCAUCCCUGAGCUCAUGUACAGCUGUCCUGGGCCACUUCCUGGCCAUUCCCGAUCAUACUGUGCCCCCAAGCUCUCGCCCAAGGCAGAACCCAGUGGCUGGUUCUUUUCUAGGACUUUUGCCCCAAGAAUCUCAAAGUACCUAUAACCUUCGCUGUAGUUUUCUUUCACGGUCUCAGCCUGUGGUGUGAUCCAGGGAGAAAGUGGAGUUUCCAGUGGACAAGAUGAGCCAGUCAGUACUGAAACCACAAGAGGGAAGAAAAAGAGAGAGGCAAGCAACUACAUUUUUUAAAUAAAAAUCAGCACCAAUCACUGCCAAGACACUCUGACCUCAGGCUCAGCGCCCUUGUCCGAGGGGAGGCAGUUGGGAAGCACAGCGACGGGGAACCAGGGAGGCCUCACCGUCAAGCCCAGCUGAGAAGCCCCUGAGCUCCUCCCCAUAGGCUGGGCCCAGAGAGCAGGGAUGAGGCCCAGAAGGCAGACGGGAAGGGAAGGAAACACAGGGUGAGGGCGGUCAGUGGGAGAAUCAUAGAGCCGGGGAACCUGAAGAGAGAAAAAAGUAGAGAAGGACCUUAAAAAGGACAACGCCCAGAGGGUUUCUUUCUCAGCCUAGCAGCACAGGAAGAGGAUGGACAGACGGGGCAGAUGGUCACGUCGAUGGAGCAUGUCUGGCAUGUGUUGAGGCAGACAGGCUCAACAUGUAGGCUGUAUAUAUAGGCAGUAGCGGCCCUAGACCUGGAGAGAGAUUUCAAAUGCUCUCUGGUCACAGAAUGAUGAUUUUCACAGCUCUCAGCUGGCAUUUUCCGGCCCGCUCUGAGGUGCCUCCACUGGGAGCCAGAGAAGCGCCAUGAUGAGGCAAAGGAGCCGGACGACGGGCUCUCAGCCCACAUCCCCUCAGGUUAGCUGGUGUGAGAAGCCGAGGCAGGCAGCCUGGCUGGGGAACUGCCUCUUGUGGGGCCGCCAUACUCAGAGGAAGGGGAUCCUUGUGCUUCAGCAUGUGGACUCCACCUUGAAAGGAGGCACAGGGACCAGGCGGGCUUCCUGCCAGGGGCAUGGUGCCAAAUCCUGGUUCCAGGCAUUUUUCUGUGGGGAGGCAGGUCGGGAAUGGGGGAAUGCACUAGAAUCCUGCUCCCAUGGACAAGGGAGGCACCCCAGUGGGGAACUGCAUGCUAUCAAGAAUCUAAGGCACGGAGUCCGAUACCAAGCUGUUACAGCUCCAGCCCUCACCCCAGGCCUGUCAGGUCCAGCGCUUGCACAGCAGGGCUAUUUCCUCACCCCCCAGCCAGACCUAAAGCCGGCCUUAGUCAAAACCCAUCAGUGCCUGUGUGUCAGAGCCCUAGGUGAGGCAUCUAAGAAGGGGGCACCACAGGUGAAGCUAACUCUGCAGCUGGACCGGAGGGGCCCCCGUCACACCUGCCUCCAUCUCCAAGUCUAAAACAUCCCCCACUGGGCCAAGCGAGCCACUCUCCAGCUGUCUAACUCUGCUGUGGCCUCCAUGAACCCAGGCCAUAGCAUGUCUCAGCCAACUACAGAAGCCGUCGAGGCUGCAGAAGUGAGAUCAAUAUGGUACUAUUCCAUAGCUCCCCAAUAGGCCAGAGCCCACAUUACUGGGAUUAAUCAGAUACCAAUCCCAGUGUGCAUCUUAGCUGCCUUCUCUCAUGAAAAUUCAAAUGCAGGAAGACUGCCCUUCAUAUCCCAAGGAAAUCCUUCUUCGUGACCAGUUGAUACAACUAAACUUAGACACAUCCUUCACAUCAUUUUCUGGAAGUUCUCAGGUAAGCACGCACUUACUAAAUGUAGAGUCUGAUAGGGGCCAGACCUUCGGUGGAUCACUUUUAUAAACAUUGCACCUGCACACCAGCCAUGUGUGAAUCGCAGCCCUUGGCUACACGGCUCUGAGCCCACCCAUCACUUCUGAUGGGCCACGCAGCUGAGCUGGGCCAGUCCAUCAGGUGCGCCCGCUGGUGAUUCCCGUAGGUUUCAGCCUCUCCAACAUCCCAAAGCACUAUCUCACUGGUGAGACCGUGAAGGCAUUGGGAGCUAACUUCUUGCCUUAGCUCCCAUGACCUUCCUCUCUGAAAUCAUUCCUUGUAAGAGAGGAGCCCCUGAGAACUCAGAGGAAGGUAAGCUCCCACUAAUUCCCCUCGCCCCAUGAAUCUGACAUCUGAUAGGUGUUGAUGGCAUUGCCCAUUGACCCUGUUCCCAGGCCAGGUAGAAUCGGCAUUUCCCGUGACUGUCCCCUGCAAAUGCCGCCCUUGUGCAGUCAAAGCCCACUUCCUGUCAUUCCCUUCUGCUGCUUUAAGAACCUGGCCUGCACAGUGGACCUGGCUGGAGGAGAACAAGCCCUUGCCUCCUUGCUCACCAUCUAUAACAACUGGGCACCUUCUCUCACGUUAUUUAUCCCGUGUCCUGCUUUCCAGCCUGCCUCAACCAUGUGUCUCAUGGAGUCAAGAGUCAUAGAAACUUGAAAGUUUUGUAUUGAAAUUGCCAAAAGCAAAAACAAAACAAACGAAUCUGCCUGUUGUCUUCUAAGAAUAUGCCCUGAACGCCUCUCUGCACGUGCACCAUUUAUUGAGCACCUACUAUGUGCCCAGCAGUGGAUGCGGCACUUUACCUGGAUGAUUGCGCCUCAUUCCCAAACUCUACAGAGAAGCUCUUAGUAACCCCUUGUUACCAAUGAGACAAGUGAGGUGCGGAGAGGCUAACCGGUUUGGCCUCUGAGCCUGGCCCUCCCAAACAAAUACAGGGAGGCCAUCAUCGUGCAUACCACCUGCCCCCGGGGCAGCUCCUGAGCUGGGGCUGCAGGAACCAGAGAGUCCCACCUCUUCAGAUCACCAUGUGCUGUGCUGUGCUGUGCUGUGGACCCUCAGCUUCCAUCCACCAGCAACGUUCUCCUGUGGCAGGAUAAUUGGGAAACACCUUUUUCUGAUGCCUAGAGAAUUAAUGAGCUGUGAAGAGAUUAGACAGGGAAUUAUUGCUUUCUGGAAGAAGCCACUUAUUCUGCUUGGCUUGUUUUUUGCUAACAACUUCUCCUUAAACUGCUGUGUCAAAUCUCUUUCUCCCUGUGUAAGACUUGUCAAUCUUAUUAAAGAGAACACCAUUGCACUGCUGAAAAUUCAUCCAAUAAAGUGGAUUUGAUCUUGCAGAA